GCAAAAGAUAACCACCGAUUCGGUUCAAAUGAAACAAGUUCUGUUAUCCUAAAUUAAGCAUCGCAAUUGUGUUGAAUUCUGUAUCAUAUCCGGUAUUCGAUAAUGUCUGGGCAAUACAGGUACGAUGGUCAGUCAGGAGGAAACCGAAAAGCUAACGUCUCGUACUCAUCCAGUCCCAACACUCGCGCCACAGUAUUCCCGUAUCCGUCACCGGAUAGAGUCCACAAAGUCGAAGGGGACACAAACUGUAGCAUGAUGCAAGCGAUGACUGAUUUUCAAACCAUUAUGGUUGACGGUAGAUGUAUCGGGCUGGAACCAAGUACUCCUCAGAGCCCGGCAAUGGAUGACUCGUUUAGAAAAGAUACUCAGCAGCUACAAGUACUACAGCAACCGUCCCAAGCGUCAGGAGUUGGUGGGUACGUGGCAAGGUCGCGUUCGGGGGUAUUAUUGAAUACUGCCAGUUAUCAAGGACAACAAUUAGGAACACAAGUACCAAGCACGUUAAACUCUGAUCCGCAAUUUAGCCGGGAAAGUAGAAUCAAAGCGCCAACCAGUGUACGAUUGGAGAGGUGUCUCUCGGAUUCGAGUGAGAUUUUGAGUUCGAGCAUACAAAGCGAUUUUGCUUCAUCUAACGCCGCACAUCCGCGAUUAUUGCACUACGCAGCUACUUCGGGGGAAUACGGUAGUCGUGAAGCUGGCUGUAAUAUACAAAAUAGAACACAUGACAGUAAUUUAUAUAAUUUCAAAAUGGAUUACAACGGGUUUGUAGUUCCAAGCCCAUCUGAGGCGCAAUUUUCCGAGCAAACGAGUUUACCUCGGCAGCAGGCAGUGCAUCAGCAACCAAGAAGACAGUCUCCGACUGACGAUCGUAUGGCCAUGUUAGACCGCAUCUUGUCUAUGGAUCACAUGGAUGCCCAUAAGCAACUUGGCCGGGAAGCUGUUGGUGAUAAUAAGCGUAUGCAACAGUCGCUAAAGUCGACACUGUCGGGUCCUAUGUCAUAUUUCAACUUGAACACUUCGCAACAUGACAACAAUGGCUCUGAUCUACAAGCACCACUGUCACGAAGACAAACAUCUGUUCCUGUUUCGAAUUUCGGUAACCACAAAAUUGAUGGUACUUUUGCCCAAAGGCAAAUACCGGCGCCAAUACCUCAUCUCCCUUUCGAAUUUUCUGCCAGUCCAUCAAUGCCUGUGAUCACUGAUGUAUCAGUCUCUCCAUGCUCACCAAUGGCAUCAGUGCUUUCUGAACCGAAUGGAUUCCCGCCAAUGAUGCGCAGCAUGACAGAUAUGCUACGGUCUACCAACAGUGCACCAGUCUUAAAGGUGACGGAUGGAUACAGCACGAAUAUCUGGUAUAAUCAAAAAGACGGUGGUUCUUUAAAAACAACCUACGCUACAAAAUCUUUGCCAGGCUAUGCAAGGGUGGGUACAAUCAUAUUGACAUUUGAUAUGGAAUGCGGUGUUAUAAAAAAAGCAUAUCUGCCCGAUAAUGAAAAAGGAAAAGCGGUACGUGUGAUGAUGGGUAGGGCGUUCGGAUCCGGUAUUCUUCUAGAAACACGGGCACCGGGUACCCCUGCACAUAUAGACUUGAGGUUUAGAGUAGAACUGAAAACUAGGAGAACUGGUGGAAAGACAAUCUGUGCGUAUCCCGACCCCAAAUAUCUGGACAAAGUAUUCACGCAGCUGAUGAAGCUACUAGAUGAAUAGUUCAUUGUCCAUUUUGUUAUAAAUACAUAAUGUAUUCCACAUCUGAAAUGGGUUGUACUCGCAAUUGUGGACUUGGUUGUUAGCUGUCUGGAUCAACAAAGCAAGACGUAACUCAGAAUGACUAAAUGAGCGAGUAUUUAAUUACUACACUAUCAUUACCCUGAAAAUGUAUUUUACGAACAUACAUUUGCGCGUUCUGUACACAUCUACACAUAUAUAUUCGAACUUGUGAAAUGAAACGUCGUUCGUAUGGGAUACAUAUGG